GUUUAAAAAGAAAAAUAGUAAGAUGAAAACUUUUUAUUUUUAUUUUCUAUUAUUUAUUAUUAUUGUUAUUUUGUCUUUUAAGUUCCAGCACGACGCGAAAAUAACGAAGCCGAAAGGAAGAAAGAAAGAGGGUUUUGAUCUGUGUGUUUGCUAUUGAGAAGAGCAUUUGUUGGUUGAAGCUUUGAAAUUUGUGGAAUUAUGAGAACUUCAUGGGCUGAUUCUGUGGCCAAUUCUGAGAGUUCAGAUGGAGUGGCUGGCUCAUCUAGUAACAAUGGGAGCUCAACUCGCCCCGUGAAGGCCACUUACGUGCCACCACAUCUCCGUAAAAAGCAGCCCUCAUCUGAUGCCCCCGUGUAUACCCCAGCCCCUACUCCAUCAGUGUCCAAUGAUCUCCAAGCUGGAGGUUAUGCAGCAGUUGCUGGUGGGCCCCGCUGGGGUGGUGGUUCAAAACCUGAUUUGGGACGCCAAACUGGUUAUGGGGGGUCUGGCGUUCAAAGUUAUGGUGGUAGAACUAUGGGAGGUGGUGGUGGUGGUUGGAAUAAUAGAAGUGGAGGGUGGGACCGGAGAGAGCGUGAAGUGAACCCAUUUGGUGAUUAUGACAAUGCAGAGUCAGUGUUUGGUGAACAGGAAAAUACAGGGAUAAAUUUUAAUGCUUAUGAGGAUAUUCCAGUGGAAACGAGCGGGGAUAAUGUGCCACCACCUGUUAAUACAUUUGCGGAGAUAGAUUUAGGGGAGUGGCUGAAUGCUAAUAUUAGAAGGUGCAAGUAUGUUAGACCAACUCCGGUUCAGCGUCAUGCAAUUCCUAUAUCCCUUGCAGGGCGGGAUCUAAUGGCAUGUGCUCAAACAGGGUCGGGGAAGACAGCUGCUUUUUGCUUUCCAAUUAUUAGUGGGAUAAUGCGAGAACAGUAUGUACAGCGACCAUGUGGGGCAAGGACUGUUUACCCUCUUGCUCUUAUUCUUUCCCCUACGAGGGAGCUCUCAUGUCAGAUACAUGAGGAAGCCAAGAAGUUUUCCUACCAAACUGGUGUUAAAGUGGUGGUUGCUUAUGGAGGGGCACCGAUCAAGGACCAGUUGCGAGAACUUGAGAGAGGGGUUGAUAUUCUAGUGGCAACUCCGGGGCGAUUGGUUGACCUGCUUGAGAGAGCAAGAGUGUCACUGCAGAUGAUUCGAUACUUGGCUCUCGAUGAGGCAGAUCGGAUGCUGGACAUGGGUUUUGAGCCUCAAAUCAGAAAAAUAGUGGAACAAAUGGAUAUGCCUCCUCCAGGUGUGAGACAGACUAUGCUUUUUAGUGCCACCUUUCCAAAAGAGAUACAGAGACUGGCAUCUGAUUUUCUUUCAAAUUACAUCUUUCUUGCUGUUGGAAGGGUUGGGUCAAGUACUGAUCUUAUUGUUCAAAGAGUUGAAUUUGUUCAUGAGUCUGACAAGAGAAGCCAUCUGAUGGACCUUCUGCAUGCACAAAGGGAAAAUGGGGUUCAUGGAAAGCAAGCUCUGACAUUAGUUUUUGUGGAGACAAAGAAAGGAGCUGAUUCAUUGGAAUAUUGGUUGUGUAUGAAUGGGUUUCCUGCAACUACAAUUCAUGGUGACAGAACACAACAGGAAAGAGAAUUUGCAUUGAGAUCAUUUAAGAGUGGAAAGACACCAAUUUUAGUGGCAACAGAUGUGGCAGCACGUGGCCUCGAUAUACCACAUGUAGCUCAUGUAGUCAACUUCGACCUCCCCAAUGACAUUGAUGAUUAUGUCCAUAGAAUUGGAAGGACAGGUCGAGCAGGCAAGACAGGAUUAGCAACAGCCUUCUUUAACGAGAACAAUAUUUCAAUGGCAAGGUCACUAUCUGACCUAAUGCAAGAAGCAAAUCAGGAAGUACCCGCUUGGCUUACUCGUUAUGCAUCAAGAGCUGCUGUUAGUGGUGGUAAGAAUCGACGAUCUGGAGGGCGUUUUGGUGGUCGUGACUUUAGAAGAGAUAGCUCAUUUAGUAGGGCUGCCCCAACUUCAGAUUACUAUGGUGGAAUGAAUAGCAGUGGUGGAUAUGGGGUUCCUGGCAGUUAUGGUGGGGGAUAUGUUCCAGGUGUGACCAGUGCAUGGGAUUAGCAUCCUCCUUUAUAUUGAAAUAUCUUCUAUUUUUCUCUUUAGUAUUAUAUUUUUUCUUCAAUUUUCAAGGAUUAUUACGUCUCCAUUUUUCUUGAAUUCCUUCUUGAGCUCGCUGGAGUUCUAAUUCAGGUGAUAUGCUUUGUUGAGUUAUAUGGAGGAGCUACAAGUUUGUUGUAAUUAUUAUUGCUUAUUAACCUUGGGAGGAUCCAUUGGUGGUUA